AUGAGCUCCUCGUCGGUGACCACCGCCGCGGCGUCGGCGGCCGUGUUGGCGCUGGCCGUCGCCAACCGCGUCCUCUACAAGCUCGCGCUCGUGCCGCUCAAGGCGUACCCCUUCUUCCUCGCCCAGCUCACCACCUUCAGAUACGUCGCCGUGUACUUCUCCAUACUCUACGCGAGGUGCCGCUCGGGGGUGGUGACUAGAGACAUGCUGGGGCUCCCCAAGCACCGGUUCGUCGCGAUCGGUUUGCUGGAGGCACUUGGAGUCGCUUCUGGCAUGUCUGCUGGAGCUAUGCUACCAGGACCUGCUAUUCCUAUACUGUCCCAGUCAUUCUUGGUGUGGCAGCUUAUCUUCUCUGCCCUGCUUUUAGGGAGAACUGGGGCGAAUGAGGGCCAGCUUCUUUCAGAAGUCAAGUUAAUUUGGCCAGCAUUGAUGAUCGCUUCGUCAGCAUUUCAAGCUGGUGCAUCUAUUCUGAAGGAAGCUGUUUUCAUUGAUGGUGCAAAAUGUCUUAAGGGGAAGCGACCAGACAUCUUUGUGGUCAAUUCAUUUGGAUCUGGAUUUCAGGCUCUUUUUGUCUUUCUUCUUCUUCCACUCCUUUCUAAUUUGAGGGGAAUUAAGUUUGCUGAGCUUCCUGCUUAUUUAAAUGGUGGUGCUGAGUGCUUCUUAAAUGUUGCAGAAAGUCCAAUUGAUUGCGGAGGAGCUCCAUUCCUGCCUUUGCUGUUUAUAGUGGUGAAUAUGGCAUUCAAUAUCUCACUCCUCAAUUUGGUGAAGAUGUCAUCUGCCCUUGUGGCUUCCCUUACAGCAACAUCAGCAGUGCCAAUAUCAAUCUAUAUUCUUUCACUUCCUUUGCCCUACAUCCCUCAUGGCAUGGAAUUAAGUACGUCUUUCAUCAUUGGUGCCGUGGUAUUGCUGAUGGGCCUGAUUCUGUAUAACCUUCCCCAAUUGUCAUUGAAACAAUCAAAGGCUGAUUGA